AUGUAUUUGGUUACUAUUGUAGGAAACACCCUCAUUCUCCUUCUUAUCAGACUGGACAGCAGGCUUCAUACCCCCGUGUACUUCUUCCUUAGUGUUCUGUCAUUUGUAGACUUUUGUUACACAAACAGUAUUAUCCCACAAAUGCUGGCCCACUUGAUCUCAGCUCGAAAGUCCAUCCCAUUCUACAGUUGUGUGCUCCAGCUCUAUGUUUCUUUGGGAUUGUGUGGGUCUGAGUUCUUCCUGCUGCGGGCCAUGGCCUAUGACCACUACGUGGCCAUGUGCCACCCACUAUACUACACGGUCAUCAUGCAUGGGGAGCUGUGCCUGGGGCUGGCAGCUGGCUGCCUGGUGGCUGGCUUCUCAAAUUCACUGAUGGAAGCAAUAAUCACCUUCCAGCUUCCCCUGUGUCACAAUGUUAUUAAUCACUUUGUCUGUGAGACCUUAGCAGUGCUACAGCUCACUUGUGUAGACAUCUCCUUCAACAAGGUCAUGGUGGCCAUCUCUGGAUUUCUGGUGAUCAUGCUUCCCUGUUCCCUGGUCCUAUUCUCCUAUGCUUACAUAAUUGCUGCCAUUUUGCACAUUCAUUCUACUCAGGGAUGCUGCAAAGCCUUCAGGACCCGUGCCUCUCACCUCACUGUGAUUUGCAUGUGCUUUGGAGCUAUCAUCUUCACCUACCUGGUGCCACAGUUGGCCUCCUUGGCAGAGGAGGAAAAAUGA